CGCAAGGUGACGUUCGAUUGCACCGACGUCAAACGUUGCCCCUCGCCAUGCAUAUUAAGUUUAUUGUUGUUGGACUGGUUGUUAUGACUGGACAAGGCCUCGGAUUAAAUUAGGAGAGAACCCGCCGUCGCUGCCACGGUAGACCUGCCAAUGGAGGGCAUGGACAUGGACCUGGACCCGGAGCUCAUGCAGAAAUUCAACUGCAUGGGCACCACUGACAAGGAUGUCCUCAUCUCAGAGUUCCAAAGACUGCUGGGGUUCCAACUCAACCCGGCAGGAUGCGCCUUCUUCCUUGACAUGACCAACUGGUGAGUUCGUGGAUGUGGGGCCUAACUUGGCUAGUAGCUAGCUACAUUUUGACUAGUGGCAAAGAAGCGAGCUAGUUAUAAUUUAGUGUGGUUGUAUGUCUCUAUCUCGUUCAUGUAGUUAUAGCUAUAUCUACUUGUGUCGAUACAUUGCAAUUGGCUACGUCAUUGCUAGGAUUUAUGCCGCGUUCAUGUGCUAGUCGGAACUAGGAAACUCGGAAAUUUCCGAUUUGUGGAUUCGUUGAACGCGGCACAUGUAUAACUGCAACCAGUUAACAAGUCAGACAUUUCCGAGUUUCCUAGUUUCGAUUAGUACGUGAACGCGGCAAUAGUUAGGCUAACGUUAGCUAUGUAAAUCUGUAGGUAACGCCAGAUACAUUGGGCGGAUUCGAUUAUGCUGCGGGGCACCUGUCUAUGGACCGUGACGUGAACGGGCGAAAGCGGUGAGGGAUGAGCGCCUUUCUCAAAUCAAACAGUAAUCUGCUCAGCUCGGUUAUGUUGUCAACAAGGUAGCAUGGUGCAUCGUCCAGAAACAUACAACAUCUAUUUUCCAUUAAAUAUGUUAGAAUUUUCAAACUUGUUUUCAUUGGGAAGGCACAUAAAGCGUUAUUAUCAAAAGCAAUCACUCUUGCAUGUGUAAACACAGAAUCCUACCCAUUAUGCCGUGUUCAAAACAACUGGGAACUCGGAAAAAAACGACCUCCGAUUUUGAAAAAUCGAUUUGAACUGUCAUCCAACUCGGAAUUCCAACUCAGGAACUCGGGCCUCAUUCUAGAGCUCCGACUUUCUGACCUGAAGAGCACUGAUUUCAUGACUAGACCACGUAUUUUUCAGAGUUCCCAGUUGUCUUGAAAGCACCUCUGGAACUUGGAAAAAUAGCAAUGUCAAAUCAUGGGGUCAGUGAUCUUAAAGUUGGAGCUCUAGAAAUAUGCCAGAGGUUCCGACUUGGAAUUCUGAGUUGGUUGACUGUUCAAACUAUUUUCCACAGUCGCUCCUUUUUUUCCCCAAUACCCAGUUGUCUUGAACACACUGUAGGAAGUUGGGGAUUUACCAGUUCCCAGUUGAUUUGAACGCUGCAUUUGAACUGGGGCACCUGGCUCACGCCCGGGAGGCUGCCCGGUUCCAAAACUAAAGCAAUCAACUUUCAGCAGGUGCACAUUUUCACCGGACCAGAUUAAUCGAAUCCCCUCAAUAACCACACUUCCAGUCAGUUUUUAUGCGAGUAAAGUCAUCCAACCUUUUUAUUCCAGUAAAAUACAUGUCAGAUAAAAAUGUCAUGACAUGUUUGAUGGAAACAGCACAUUUGUUGAUGAACUUUCCAAAUGUCGACAAAACAAAAUAUGCUAGACAAGGUGGAAUCUUUUUGUGUUGUUAAAAUUAAUUAUGCGAGAAAUGUCAGUGGAAACGCUUUUAUGUGCAAAUAUUGAUAUAGUAACCAUCAUAUGAAAGUAAACUUGGUGUCAUGCGAUGACAUGUUGUGUGGUCCUACCACUACGACUUGUCAGGAGAGCAUGCAGUUUAUUAGGCUACAGAUUGAAUAAAUGAUGAUGAACGUGACAUUUACAUUACAUUUACUUCAUUUAGCAGACGCUCUUAUCCAGAGCGACUUACAAAUUGGUGCAUUCACAGGGUGGUGAAAGUGCAAUUGAUGAGCUUGAUGCACCUUUCCAACAAAUAUCGAGGGUCUUAUUGUGGUGACAUGAUCAUCAUUGCUUAGCUGCCGUUUGACAAAUAAAAAUAAUCUCGCUCUUUAGUCCAUAAUAAUUUCAUCAUGCAGGCUAUACGUGCCCUCUAGCUAACAGCGAGCUGAUACAGUAGGCUAGAGCGCACGUGCCAAUACCGUAGUGGGCACACUCUCUAUAAAACGUGUUUUGUCUUUGUUUUGAAAACCAUCAGUAGAGUUGAAAAUGCGAUGGAAACCCAUUUAACUUGUAUUUUUUUGUGGUCUAGCUAGACAAUAAUGUGCAAGCUCGCACCAAGGGGCUCCAGGAGUAAAUUUUAGAACACCUAGCUAGCAAGUGUUUGUGAUAUGAUGAUGUAAUUUGAUUGGUAGUGAGCUAAGGUAUGCUAGUGAUCACGACUUAAUCACUGAACAAAAUAAAACAACCCUGAUAAAUGACCUUGACUCAUAUUUUUGCCAAGGAAAAUCAUUAUCAGCAAGAUAGACUUAUUUUAAAUUUUUUUUUAAAUGGUUGUUGUGAAGUAGUUUCAGGAACUGGAUCAGGUUGAAUACUUGGUAAUUAAACAGGGCAUUGACUCACCCGCUCUUCUCAAUGUCUUUUUCAAUUAAAAUAGGAAUCUACAGGCAGCCAUCGGUGCAUAUUAUGACGUUGAGAGUCCCAGCAUCAACACACCAUUCAUGUCCUUUUUGGAGGAUGUGACAAUUGGUGAGGGAGAGUCUGUUCCCCCCGACACACCGUUUACAAAGACCUGGAGGAUACAGAACACAGGUGGGGGUUACCUUUUAUUCAUCCAGAUUAUAUCACCAUACAUAUGAUUCAGUCACAAAAGAAGAAAAACCUUCACUGCAAUGUAAGACCCGGAAACCACUGGCCUGUAAACGUGUGUGUGGUGGAGGUAAGGUAUGAGUAACUGCAUGGUUGGCAAGGGAGCAUUGUGUCUGAAAAGUGUGUAUCAAAUGUCUGUGUGUUUCACAGGUGCAGAGUCCUGGCCACCCGGGGUAUGUCUGAAGUACAUUGGAGGGGACCAGUUUGGCCACGUCAACAUGGUGAUGGUGCGCUGUCUAGACCCCCAGGAGAUCUCAGACGUCAGUGUGCAGAUGCACAGCCCCCUGGCACCCGGCAUGUACCAGGGUCAAUGGAGGAUGUGCACAGCCACAGGACUGUUUUACGGAGGUAUGUCCCAAAUGGCGCAGAUACACUGUUUUGUGGACCAUUGUUUUCUAUAAGGGUGUAAUUAAUUCCAGAAAGUAUCCAGACACGGUUAUUUUUUAAAUAUAUAUAUAUAUAUAUUUUUUUUUAAAAACAUUUUAUACGUUUGUGUGCUAACUUUUUACUGUGAAGUCCUUUUUCAAGAUAUUACGUCGUCAAUCAAUGUCUUGAAAUUGGUCAACUUUACCAAAAUGUCGUGCAGAUGUAGGCAUAUCUGUGGGGUAUUUAACUCCCAGCACUCUGUCUCCUGGACAGAACACGUCACCCAUAAUGCCUGGUGUGUGUCACUCUCUCUGUCCACACAGACGUGAUCUGGGUGAUCCUCAGCGUAGAGGUGGGGGGCCUUUUGGGCGUGACACAGCAGCUGUCCUCCUUCGAGACAGAGUUCAACACCCAGCCGCACCGCAAUGUGGAGGGAGACUUCAACCCCUUUGCCUCGCCACAGAAGAGCAAACACAACGCCGGAGACCACAACAACUUCAAAGACCCUGGAGGAGCCUGGGAGGGCAUGCAGGACGCCAUCCAGCAAGAUCAAAACGGACUGUCUCACAAUGCUGUAAAUAGAGCAUCGAAUGGGCUCCAAAACAAUCUAUCAGUAGUGACUUACAGUCAGGUAUGUAUGAAUUGAUGAACCAAGGUUGGCUUGCCUCGAAACAAGGUGACGUCCACUCCUCACUGUUUUCUGCUUAAACAUUGGGCCUCUUGUGGGAGAAGUGAGUGGUUGUUACUAUAUUUCUUGAGGUGAUUUUUUUAUUUCUUCAGUGCCAUGUUUGGAUGUGUGUAAAAACUUUUUAUGCGAGUAAAGUACAUGUCGGAUAAAAGAUGUCACGACAGGCCUGAUGGAGGAAGCAAAAUUAGUUGGUAAACUUUCCAAAUGUCGACAAAACAAAAUACGCUAGACAAGGUGGGUUUUUGUGUUGGUAAAAUUAAUUAUGCGCGAAAUUGCAGUGGAAAUGCAAAUAUUUAUAUGAUAACCAUCAUAUCGAAGUAAACUUUGACCAACGACUCGGGAAAGCAUACCGUUUAUUAGGCUACCACCCUUAGUGGCGUUGGCAGAAAGUGGAUGUUUCUGGUUUUCAGGGAUACAGUAUUCAACAUAACUUCAGCUUCCUACGCCUGCUACGUUAGGUUAUUAGGCUACAGAUGAAAUAAAUUAUGAUGAACUUCACAGGGUGGUGAAAGUGCACGGUGAUGAGCUUGAUGCUCCUUUCCAAUAAUUAUCGAGGGUCUUAAUCUGGUGACAUGAUGAUCGAUGCUUGGCUGCCAUUUGACAAAUAAAAAUAAUUUCACUCUUUUGUCCAUAAUAAUCUCAUUAUGUAGUCUAUACCAGCACUGUAUCUGCCAGCUGUUGGCUAGAGCGCAACUCAUUUUCAGUCCAACCCCCCCCCCCCCCCCCCCCACUCAGACCGUCCUAGCAACAUUUUUGCUUUGCUAAGAAGCUAUUUUUGUUUCUUUUUGACAAUUUUAAUGGCGAAGGUGCAUAAAGAUGUCGGAAUUCAGAUAUCAUUUUUUUAGCACUAUCCACAGAGCUUUGAAACUACAGUGCGCGACAUGGUUCAGUGCACGAAUAAAUCAGCACAAUCAAUUUUUUGUUUUUUUACAUUGCCGGCGUCUUGGAGCAAAAAUGUAGAUACAUACAUAAAGAGUAACGAAGAGGAAUGUACAAUACGGCUAACUUAGCAAACAAGGCAUUUGUGGUAAGUGCAACAAUCACGGUAAGGUACACUACAUUACCAAAAGUAUGUGGACACCUGCUCGGCGAACAUCUCAUUCCAAAAUCAUGUGUAUUAAUAUGGAGUUGGUUCCCCCUUUGCUGCUAUAACAACCUCCACUCUUCUGGGAAGGAUUUCCACUAGAUGUUGGAAUAUUGCUGCGGGGACUUCCAUUCAGCCAUGAGCAUUAGUGAGGUCGGGCACUGAUGUUGGGUGAUUAGGCCUGGCUCGCAGUCGGCGUUCCAAUUCGUCCCAAAGGUGUUCGAUGGGGUUGAGGGAAAGGCUCUGUGCAGGCCAGUCAAGUUCUUCCACACCGAUCUCCACAAACCAUUUCUGUAUGGACCUCACUUUGUGCAUGGGGGCAUUGUCAUGCUAAAACAGGAAAGGGCCUUCCCCAAACUGUUUCCACAAAGUUGGAAGCAAAGAAUCGUCUAGAAUGUCAUUGUAUGCUGUAGCGUUAAGAUUUCCCUUCACUGGAACUAAGGGACCUAGCUCAAACCAUAAAAAACACAGUAUGCACUAUGCAUUCGGGCAGGUAGCGUUCUCCUGGCAUCUGCCAAACUCAGAUUCGUCCGUCAGACUGCCAGAUGGUGUAGCGUGAUUCCUCACUCUAGAGAACGCGUUUCCACUACUCCAGUCCAAUGGGGGCAAGCUUUACACCACUCCAGCCGACGCUUGCCAUUGCGUAUGGUGAUCUUAGGCUUGUGUGCGGCUGCUCGGCCAUGGAAACCCAUUUCAUGAAGCUCCUGAUGAACAGUUAUUGUGCUGACGUUGCUUCCAGAGGCAGUUUGGAACUCGGUAGUGAGUGUGGCAACUGAGGACAGAGCUCUGUGAGCUUGUGUGGCCUACCACUUCGCGGCUGUUGUUACUCCUAGACAUUUCCACUUCACAAUAACAGCACUUACAGUUGACCAGCACAGCUCUAGCAGGGCAGACGUGACGAACAGAGAGAGGAAAACUCACCUUAGUUAUGAUCAACUGAAUGAUGAACAUAUUGGAAUAUAGUAGGCUAAUGCAAUUGAAGGCAUGUAUCAAAUUGUUGCUCAUACUGAAACUCCCGAAGUUGUAUCCAACCAUUAUACUAAUUUAAAGCAAUCGUUGUGUGUGUGGGCACCUAGAUUGUAAUUUCAGCACCAUUUUGAAUGGGACAGCGCCAUCAUGCUGCUUUGAGACAAGCGUGGGGGACUUGUCUACAUAAAUCGAUCAGUGUCCGAUUUUUUGUUUUCACUGAAUCUCUGUUUGGAUAUUUGGUAACAAUUAGGCUGGUGAAAUGUUAGCUAAGUUGAGGUGAGUGCUAAUGAUCAUCUUUUAUUCUAGUCCCCUGUAGGUCAGUUGGUAGAGCAUGGCGUUUGCAACGCCAGGGUUGUGGGUUCGUUUCCCACGGGGGGCCAGUAUGAAAAUGUAUGCACUCACUAACUGUAAGUCGCUCUGGAUAAGAGCGUCUGCUAAAUGACUAAAAUGUAAAAAUGUAGCUUGCUCAUAUAUUAGCUGAUCAGAACAUUUUGCUAGCAUGUUAUACAAGUCUGCUUGCUCUUCACUCGUCUAGUAGAUUGUCCUACUCCCGACCAAAAGCCUGUGACUUGUCUGAAAAUCAAUCGAUGUGAUUUUGUUUCACUGAAUCUCUAUUUAUUUGGUUAAUUGAUCUCUGGCUGGACAAGUGGAAGUGCUAGCUCAUUUAUUCGUUUGCUCAUCUAUCACUGAUCAGAAACAUUUAGUGUGCAAUAAUGUAGCCUAAAUCCAGUGUAUAUUUAUCUAUUGACUCACAUAGUAGCUUUAGAUAGAGCCUAGGCGAUUUUCCUAUUGUCCCAAUCCCACUGAAACCUAAAAUCCUGACUCCUGUCUCGCAUGAAAAUUCCUAACUUUAUUCUGUAAUCUAUAGGUUGCAUUUUCAAAGCACGUCUCGCCUAUGCAUGUCAAAAUACCGCUAUAACAUUUCCCCUGCUUCUCUGCGCUGUCUCGUAUUGCUGCCCAUAUGAGAGGUUAGGUAGAGGAUGUGUUUUUUUUAAAGCAGAGUUGGUCCCCGUUAAGAUACCUUGAUAUUUAAACAAUUUACUCCCUGUUAUUCAUGAGCUGAUCUGCUAUCUGUAUAAUAAUAAUCUAGAUGUUGCCAAAUACGAGAGAUUCUGUCAUUCGUUGGAGGUUAUCUAGCAAGUUUAGCAACUUUGGUAAUUUUACUUUUGUUUGACUGCCAUUACAAAGUUUAUAUGAUUCGACAACGCUAUAGCUAACUUGGGGUGUGCUCUGUGCGUUCUAGGCCUGAAUUAAUUGAGGAACAUGCUAACGCUCUGAAUUUAUGAACAGCCUGUUUCGCAAUUCACAGCAAUGUCACUGGCGAUCAAAGUUACUCUAUCAUUACUAAAUGUCAGUUUCACUUUCUGUGAAAUCUUGAUAUAUUUUGGGAUAACCCUGGCAUAGUGACCAUAUCUUGGUUUUAAAUGGGCACUUCCAAUUUUUUUCAGUAUUUAGCGGGACUCUCGGGAUAAAUAUGAAUUAUUCCUGGUAUUGAAAUGUGGUAGAAUUUUGGGAAGAUAUUAAUCCCUAGUACUUAAUUGUUACCCAGAAAUGAUUUGAUAUUGAGAUAAAAACGGAUACAUUGGACCUUUUUUAAGCCUAGUCCUGGACUAAAAAGCAUUCUCAAUGGAGAUUCUCCUUGUAGUCCUAAUCUGUGUCUGGGAAACCGGCCCUAUAUGUCAGUUGGUGGUUACAAUAUCCUCACUGAGCAACAACAUCCACCAUUACAGCAGCUGUACACCACCUGCUUUUGCCUAGUUUAUUGCCCUUAAUGAUACAAGCUAUUUUAUUGUUUUUAUGGAUUUACCUGUAUAUAUGAUAAUAACCCUUGUCGGUUCGCCACCAUAUACUGGUGCACUAUACCCUCAGAGAUGCUUGGAUGUGUGUGUGUCCGUGCCUGCUCUAAAUCACCUUAUACUUCUGUCAUAGCUAGCAUUUUUUAUUCCAGCCUGUAAAUGUACAACCACUCCUGGCUGGGUACACCUGACUGUUCAGAAACACAUGCCUCUGUUGCUCAUUCACAGCUUUUAUUGACUCAAUAAUGGACUGCGGUACUUCCUUACAUACUGCUGAGCUUAUCUUUCUGAGGGAUACAGAUGUGCUGUAUGUAGGGGCCUGCCCUGUUUAGGAUGUUGCUGCAACCUUACUGGCCUGCGACACCGGACGCGUAACUUUUGCAAACCGUGAGAAACUCCUAUUAAUUUCAAUGAAAACCUGGGCGUAAGCAUGUCGACUCAGCAAGUUGCUGUUUACCGUAAAAUUGCGCUCUGGUUCUAAUUUCAAGAUUGCCACACGCAGCUCGCGCCUGAGAACAAUGGGAUAGAGCGGCUCACGCAAUGCUCAUGCCGGAAAAAAGUUCCACGUCCAGUGUAAGAGAAUGUUCAGAUAGAAAUGCAUUGUGUAGAACAAAUAUGAUUGCCUGUCGCUUAGAAUAGAGAAUCGUGUAAGCGCCAUUCAUUACAUUUCUAUCUAUCACGUUCUUAGCAUUUCACCUCACUGAACUCAUACCAUGCAUUUUGACUGUGUUCCGUCUCUCUCCUCAGGGUAUUCAUGGCCCCUAUCCGUUUGGCCAGAGUUAGAAAGAUGGAGAUCCAGGCCAGGUGUUGCUGAACAGACCUGGGUAUGUUGAUGCUGACCUGCAGGCAGGGGCACUGGAGAGAGGAGGGACACAUAUUUGAUACAGACUCCAGACAACCCUCUUCCUUGCCCCAAUCCACAAGCUGCAUUGAGAAGAAGGACGCUACUAUCCCAGUGAAUGGCCCCUUACCAACAUCAUCAGCACCUUCCCGAGAUCUGCAUGUGUAAAUGCUACAUAAAGAGUGCUAUAAAUCCUAAAAAAAUAUAUCAUACUACUACACAACAGUUUUUUUUAGUUUUCUUUCUUAUUUUGAGCUGACAACUCACCUCAGUGGACUGACUGCUGGAUGAGCAAAGGGAUGGAUGUGUGUGAGCUUGAGCAAAUGAAACGUGUGAGUGGAAAAAGCCAUCUAAAACUAUUUUGCCUGUUGAGCGAUUGUAGGUUUAAAUUCAAUGUCUGCGUAUACUGCAGUGUGUGCGUAUGUAUGUGUAUGGUUUCCUUUUGGAUUUUACUAAACAUGAAAUGGUGGAUACUACUUCGGUAAGGAAGUUGUGGUGACCUAUGUACACAUCUAAAUAGAUUAAACUAAAUAUAAUACUCAUUCUAAAACAAUUCCUCCACUGAUGUUUCAGAAUUUAGGAUACAGGCCUGUGAAUGAGUAGCGCCGUAAAUAAGGCUUUGCUGUACUGUUCUAACACAGAGAUGCAUCAUUCAGUGGCAAUUGCUUGUUCUUUAGAGCCAGCAGAUGGUGCUAUAAAUGAAACUACCAAACCAAAUUGGCUCUGACACUUCACACUUCACGACGGACAACGUCAUAGAAAAAUAGACUUAGCUCUACCCCAUCAUGGGGAGGGCUAUCUAAAUUCUGGGUUUGUUUCCGCAGUUGUUUCUGCAGUUUGCAUGAUGCCACUUCAGAUGUUUGCAAGUAGUGAUUCGAUAUGGUGUCUGGAGAUAGAGUUCAUAUUAAUUAAUUAAUUAAAUUAAUGAAUAUGCCAUUUAGCAGACGCUUU